AUGACUGGAGAAUUUUAUGUUGAAAAUAAUAAAGAAAGUAUUGAAGGAGUGACUCAGAAAAUUAUAACAGUAGAAAGAGAUCAGGUUGAAAAAGCUGGCAUAGAACGGUCAUGUAUAUCAGAGGAUAAGAAAUCCAGAUUCAAAAAAUCUGAAUUUGAGGAAUCAGGUGUGAUGUAUGAUGCUGUUGCUGAAACUCAAAACCACAUUAUAGAUAAGAAAGAGAGAUAG